UGCCCGGCCAGCUUGCGUCACAGCCUCAGAGCAGAGAAGAGCGGCUGGGGAGCGCGAGGCGACUUUGAAGGGAGGACCGGCGAGGGCCAGGCUUGCCCACCGCCCAGCCCCUCCGCUCUUCUCCUCCAGCUCUUCUCUCUGCCCUCGUCUUUCCUCUGAAAACCCCCAAUUUAGCCAAAGGAAGGAGGUAAGGGGAACCCUUCCCCUCCCCCUCCAAAAAAAAAAAAAAAAAAGUAAAACUUUUGCAGUCGGGAGCACGCCGGGGCGCGAGUGGUCUCCCGGCUGGCCAUGGAGCUAUUGUGCUGCGAGGUGGACCCCGUGCGCAGGGCCGUGCCGGACCGCAACCUGCUGGACGACCGGGUCCUGCAGAAUCUGCUCACCAUCGAGGAGCGCUACCUCCCGCAGUGCUCCUACUUCAAGUGUGUGCAGAAGGACAUCCAGCCCUACAUGCGCAGGAUGGUGGCCACCUGGAUGCUGGAGGUCUGCGAGGAACAGAAGUGUGAGGAGGAAGUCUUCCCUUUGGCCAUGAAUUACCUGGACCGCUUCUUAGCCGGGGUCCCCACCCCGAAGACCCACCUGCAGCUCCUGGGUGCCGUCUGCAUGUUCCUGGCUUCCAAGCUCAAAGAGACCAUACCCCUGACCGCGGAGAAGCUGUGCAUUUAUACUGACAACUCCAUCAAGCCCCAGGAGCUGCUGGAGUGGGAGCUGGUGGUGCUGGGCAAGUUGAAGUGGAACCUGGCUGCGGUCACCCCGCACGACUUCAUCGAGCACAUCCUCCGCAAGCUGCCCCAGCAGAGGGAGAAGUUGUCCCUGAUCCGCAAGCACGCGCAGACUUUCAUCGCUCUGUGCGCCACGGACUUUAAGUUUGCCAUGUAUCCGCCAUCGAUGAUCGCAACUGGAAGCGUGGGAGCAGCCAUCUGUGGGCUCCAGCAGGACGAGGAAGUGAGCUCCCUCACCUGUGAUGCCCUGACUGAGCUGUUGGCCAAGAUCACCAACACAGAUGUGGAUUGUCUCAAAGCCUGCCAGGAGCAGAUCGAGGCUGUGCUGCUCAACAGCCUGCAGCAGUUCCGUCAGGAGCAGCGCGAGGGAUCCAAGUCAGAGGAUGAACUGGACCAAGCCACCACGCCCACAGAUGUGCGGGACAUCGACCUGUGAGGAUGCCCUGCGGCCCCGCAGGAGAGGCACACUCACCAUCUACGCUCGCCUCUUUCUGGUUAUGUUUUGUUCUUUUGUGUUUUAGGAUGAAACUUUAAAAAAAAAUUUUGCCCCCACCUAGAUCAUAUUUAAAGAUCUUUUAGAAGUGAGAGGAAAAGGUCCUAUGAAAACGUAAUAAUUAAAAGCAUUUGGUGCCUAUUCAAAGUACAACAUAAGGGAAUUCCUUGUAUACUCGAAGUUACUGUUUGACUAUGUAAACGUAAUAGUAAAAUGCUUAUGGGAAAACCUGCAGAGUAGCUUGAAGAUAUGUACACUUGCAAUAUGGGAACAAAUUAGAGGAGGCUCUGUUUUUGAUGUUCAACUAGCACAUAGGCCCCUUUUAGAAUAAUUGCAAGAAAUUGUGCCAUCUAUGGCAAGAUUAGAUUGCAAAGCAAUGAACUCAAGAAGGAAUUAGAAACAAGGAGGGACACAGUGGGGAGGGGGUACAAACAUCUGUCCACAUGACUGGACCACCAGCGUGUGGAAACACCUUCCUGCCAAGCCGCGUGUUACUAAGCAGGAGCGUUGGUGGGUUUCUGCAUUUGUACUUGUGCUGUCUACAGUAGCUGCUACCUAAAAGAUGUUGCAUUCUGCCAGUGGGCCACAGGCGAUUGGCUCCCGGGUUUCACGUUUGGUGAUUUCCUUCUUCUUCCAAACAUGGUUCAUUGCAGACACUGCCAUAUUGUUAGCUAGUGGAGAAAUUUAGCUAUGGGCCGUGGCCAAAACUCAUCUGAAAUGGAGGCAGACAGAAACCCAGGGUGGGAGCGGAAAUGGAAUCUUCUCUUCUGUCAAAGAGGAUGAGGUGACCUUGGAAUCCUUGAUUAGGAAAAAAUUUGUUUUUUGGUGCUGAUUGGCAUGUCUGGUCCACAGCUUAGCAUUGUUAUAAACCAUUCCAUUCGAAAAAGCACUUUGAAGAAUUGUUCCCAAGGGGUAGAUGGGAUGGUUUAUGCAAAUCACGCUGAAUACUCCUUCCCUCUUCUCUUUGCCUUUUUGCUUCCUGCCCCAAGUCUGGUUUUGUUCACUUCCGGAAUCUGACAUUCUCUGGUACAGAGCUCUGGUAUCCUUACUGGGGCUCAAGAGACAGUCCUUGCCGCUGACAUUUGCGUCGCGACAUUCCUCGGAAACAGCUCCAGACAGCUCUGUUACCAUUGCUACGGCAUAGAAGGAUCUGAGUUCCCAUCAGUAGCCUUCUCAUUUGGACAUGGAAAGAAAAGUUAUUGCUGGUGCAGAGACAGAUGGCUGAACAUCAGGGUGUGGCACUUUGUCCCCUUUUCUGUUUUUUGUUAAUUUUAUUGCAAAGUUGUAUUCAGUGUACUUGAAUUUCCUUUUUCUCUCCACUUCUUAGAGGCAUUCAGUUAGAGGUUGGAGCCACAACUUGGGUUUUUUUUCUUGCACAAUGGUAAUUGACAGGUAAUGAAGCUAUUUGUUAAAAUACUUGCUUUUUUUUUUAAGUAAAAAAAGAAAAAUCAGAACAGUGCUACUUUGAAGAGUUAUUUUAUAUGCAGAUUCUGCCUGUUUCAUAGUGUGAGGGUUGAAAAUGGAGAAACAUCUUAAGGGUCUCUUAUCUUUCAUUUUAUUUUGUUCAGUUUAUUAUUAUUAUUUUUUUGCGCUGCUAAGAAGCUAAGAUCGUUCAUCCUUAUUCACAUUAACAGUACCUAGCUGUAAUGUUCACAGUGUGCUGCUAUUUUAUAAACAUUUUUAUAAUAUAUUAUUUUACCGCUUAAAUUCAAGUUCUGAAGUAGAUGGUUAAGAUAUGAGUUCUUUGUACUGGAAAAGCCCUUCCGUAGUUUGUUUUCUUCUGGUAGCGUAUUCAUGGUUUUUCUUAAUUUUUUUUUUUUCUUUUUGGUUUUUCUGCUUUUGUUUCUUCCUCUUCAAAGACAGAGUAUUCUUUACCUCAGGUUUACUGGACAAAAUCAAUACUACAGAGGACAGUGAUUCACAGUUUUCAUAAUACCUCACAACCAUGCAGUCUCUACUUGGGAGCUCACCAGCGGGAGGAGCAGAGCACAGAGGAGGGGAGGCCGGACACCACUCCCGGGCAGGCAGAUCAUUCGUCCCAGGCUGUCACACCCAGAGACCUUUUCAGUCAGAAAGGUCACCAGGCUCACGAUUUCACUCUGGUAUCUUCAUCAUGAUGGAAAAAAUGCAUUGAAGCAAGGGCGCCUCCCUCCCCUAUACACACACAUGCACUCAGGCACACAGACAUCCCACAGACACGCAUGCAGUGGGUCCGGAAGCCACAAGGGAGAGUCCCAGCAGGCUGUAGGGAGAGCACGGUCCCCACCCUGCAGGACUGGUGCUUUCUAAUGCGUAGGUCUCCUUCAUCUCCUGUCUGCCCCCUUCCCUGACACAGACACCCUGGGCUAGGAUCAUCUCUGAGGCUUCAUGGAGCUGUGGGUAGAUGGGUCUGCAGCAUUCCUGGUGUUGAUUCUCCCACCAGGUCCCCUGUGGGGUGGCAUGGAAGGGUGCUACACGGAUGGGGCAGGACAGGUGCGGGUCAGAUAAGUACAGGAUGGAGGUUGAGGACAGGUGAGGAGGCUCCUAUGGGAGGACAAAUUGUACACUAGCUGGUCUCCGUGAGGGGUUGUGGAGGCGGAGUUCAGGACCCUAAAAUGCGAAGGAGUUUCUGGUGGGGCUGUAGGUGGUGAAAGCGGAAGUUUGGGAGAGAGAAGAUGAGCAGCUGGUGGUUAGCCAGUGUUUCACCCAGAGUCCCCGAGGCACAGGACACCUUUCAUGUCCCCCAGGAGGCCAACAGAACCAGGAAAGCCCAAACCUGGAGUCCUCAGGAGACGUGAAGCCCAUUGAGAAGACAGGGUGCACAUUAUGGAGCAGUGGCCAACCGUUGAGCUUAAACAGAAGCAGCAGAUGGAAGAACCUGACAGGUGGACAAGCCCCCAGGUGCCUGCAGUUGGUCAUUGUCCCCUGUUCUUGGAGCCAGGUGUCCCGGCCCCGUCUCUCUGUUCUUCUUUCCUGUCCUUGGGGCGUAGUGUGACAGUAGAUGGAGGGUUCCUGGCUUUGCUGCCUGCUUUCUGCUUGUACAGAAGAAGGGAGCCUGGCUCCCCAUUGUUACUGAUACCGUCUCCCUGGAGCUUGGCCUCUUCAGUAGGAGUGUGUAUCCCAGAGGGGCUCAGUUCUCCCCAUGGCUUAGAAUUUGCUUUUUAAUUUUUCCUCCACUGGCCUCGCUCUUGCCUCCCACUAAGGGGAUUCCAGUUUUAUUCUAGUCUUUUUCUGUCUUGUUGUCUCUCCCUUCUUUAUUUCUUCCAUUUGUUUUUCUCCAUCAUUGGGGGCUGAGUUGUUCCCCCUGCCUGCCAAAUUUUGAUCCUUCUCCUGUUUUGACCAAAUCCAUGGGGAAAGAAAUCCUAGUAUGCCAAAAAUAUAUGCUAAGCAGAAGUAAACCCUUCACAGGUUCAGAAAAGCCAGGGAGCCCGCGGGAGGACCCGAGGGGCCAUUCCCUUGGCCACCCCUUGGGUAGGUGGCUCUGCGAGGCUGCUUUAUGUUCACCUGCCCAGGAGCCCACCAAAUGUAAUGGGGGCCUUCAUUCUUGACACUCUCUCCUCCUCUGAUCGGUCAGGUUAGGGCACUGCUGGCAGAGCCGGGUGGGCAACUCCUCAGCAGGCGCUUGGUGGCUGUGCUGCAGUCUAGCCCCUCUGCAGAGGAUUUGGGGGGGUGUGGGGCCAACAGGUGAAAAUUGGAAGACUUUCUAGUUGGGCAGGAUUGAAGGACAUUCUCGGAGGGCAAGGGAUUUUCCUCUCCAUGGACAAUGGGGGACAGGGCUGGGAAAAGAAAGUGACAUGCACCUUAUGUCCUGUAAAUAUUGAUUUUCUAGUUCAAGAAGGUAAUAUUGGUAGUGUGGGAAUCAGAGGGAGGAAGGGGGCAGAAGUCUGAGUAAGCCAGUUGACUUUGAAGCCAAAAGGAUUCCUCUCUGUUUAUCUUUGAGACAGUCCAACCUGGGGAUAGCUUUAAAAGGGAAAUUAAUGCCAAGACAGUGAGGCCCCCUGAAGCCAACAAACCAGCUAUAGCUGUAGACCGAGUGCAGCUUCUGUUGGUGGAGACUCAGAGCCACUCUGAGAGCUGAGGAUGUGUCAUCUGUCCAUCCACAGCAGCGCAGCAAGGCCCAAGAAGAUGCUUGUUGCUUCCUCACACCACGUAACUUCCGAUCGUUCCGGGUUCUCGAUGACCCGGGAUAGUUGUUUCUGCCAGAGAUGUUCUUCUAUCUCAGUGCAUCUCUGCAUUUUUAAACUCGGCUGGGUUGUCAGACCCUGUUCUUGGCUCAGGUUUUAAGAAGCCAUCAGCAAAUGUGUACAUGAGCGCUGUAGCCGCAGCCGUCUAUCCUCCGCCUACAGCCUGCUCUGGGGAAUAAAGUGCCUUACUGACUGUAGCCAUUACAGUGUCUGUUGUAUUUUGACAGGUGUCUGUCCUUGGAAAAGAAAAGGUUUCUCUUUUAUUUUUAAUUGGUUUUAGUUCUUCCUGCUGGCCAACUGACACAUCCCCAGCCAAUCACCAGGCCAUUGGAUUUUUCCCAUGAUGUUCAUUACCCCUGUGUCAUGUACCUCAGAUCUUUCUAUCUCUCUCAGUUAGAGUUUCUCAUCUUGGAUUACUUUUUUUCUUCCUUUUUUUUUUUUAAAUUUGCUUUAAAACAAGUGUGAUGCCAUAUCAAGUCAAUGUUAUUCUCUCACAGUGUACUCUAUAAGAGGUGUGGGUGUUUAUUUGGUCGGGAUGCUAGAAAGUGCUAAAGUAGCAUGAUCAGUGUGAUCACAAAAGGUUUUUUGGAAGUAUGGAAAAAAUGUUGUAUUGGCUAUGAUGAAGAUGAGAUGUAGUCAGCUGCCUUUGAAGAGGUUUUAUCUGGUCAGUGUUACUUCAUUUUAAAAAGUAAUAACUUGUUCUUCUGGCUGGUGUGAAGGUGGAUUUGAAGGUGGAUUUGAAGAUGGUGCUGAACGCAAUUAGGUUAUGCUAUUUGGACAAUAAACUCACCUUGACCUAA